GUGAAGAGGUGGGAUCCUCAAAAUUGAGGAAUUCAUCGAAAAGCCCAACCCACAUCGACGUCCACAUCCAUUGACCCGUCAUAUUAAAAUCCAAAAAAACAAAUGAUCGGAAUCAAGUUCCCGGAAAACACUGUGACAACUUCACCGCCGGCAGCCAUAAUCUCUUUCAGGGAUUCUUUUGUAUCAAUUCUACUAUCAUCAACAAUAUUCACUUUUUCAGUUUUUUUCAAUGGGAAAGAAAAAGACAGAGGAUGCAGGUCCAUCUACAAAGGCUAAAUCGAAGGAAAAAUUUUCUGUCUCUGCCAAGUUGGCCAGUAUGCCUGAAAAGGUGUCUUGUUCGAAUAAGCCAAAGCCAAAACCUGCUCCAAAAGCUUCUACAUACAUUGAUGAUAUUGAUCUUCCUACCUCUGAUGAGGAUGAUGAUUCCGAAGAGGAGUUAGAGCAAAAGCGUAGGCCUGAUGUGAAGCCUCUUGAAUUGUCUAUUGCUGAAAAAGAGUUGAAAAAGCGUGAAAAGAAAGAUAUUUUAGCUGCCCAUGUCGCUGAACAGGCGAGGAAAGAAGCUCUUAGGGAUGAUCGUGAUGCUUUCACGGUUGUCAUUGGAAGUCGGACUUCGGUGCUUGAUGGAGAUGAGGACGCUGAUGCUAAUGUCAAAGAUAUAACAAUAGAAAAUUUUUCUGUGUCUGCUCGGGGUAAAGAACUUCUGAAAAAUGCAUCCGUGAAGAUAUCUCAUGGAAAGCGGUAUGGUUUGGUUGGACCGAAUGGAAUGGGCAAGUCAACACUUUUGAAGCUUCUUGCUUGGAGGAAGAUACCAGUACCUAAGAAUAUUGAUGUCCUUCUGGUUGAGCAGGAGGUUGUUGGGGAUGAUAAAACCGCGCUCGAAGCCGUCGUUUCAGCCAAUGCAGAACUUGUUAAAGUUCGACAACAAGUUGCAGAUUUACAGAAUGCAGCUUCUGGCAAAGAGGGUGUGGAUAAAGAUGAUACUAAUGAGGAUGAGGAUGAGGAUGCCGGAGAAAAGCUCGCAGAGCUGUAUGAAAAAUUACAACUGAUGGGGUCUGAUGCUGCUGAACCUCAAGCGUCAAAGAUUUUAGCCGGUCUGGGUUUUACAAAGGAUAUGCAGGGCCGUCCUACAAAAUCCUUUAGUGGUGGGUGGAGGAUGAGAAUUUCAUUAGCUCGGGCACUUUACGUUCAGCCCACUUUAUUAUUGCUCGAUGAACCCACUAAUCAUCUUGACCUGAGGGCUGUUCUCUGGUUGGAAGAGUACCUGUGUCGUUGGAAGAAAACUUUGGUGGUUGUAUCGCACGACAGAGAUUUCCUCAAUACUGUAUGCUCUGAAAUUAUUCACCUGCAUGAUUUGAAACUUCAUUUCUAUCGUGGAAAUUUUGAUGCUUUUGAGAGUGGGUAUGAACAGCGUCGUAGAGAGGUGAAUAAGAAGUAUGAGAUUUACGACAAGCAAUUGAAAGCCGCUAGAAGGACUGGAAACAAGGCUCAACAAGAUAAGGUGAAGGAUCGAGCUAAGUUCGCAGCUGCUAAGGAGGCGUCGAAAAGCAAAAGUAAGGGAAAGGGUGAUGAGGAUGAGGCGCAAGUAGAGGUACCACACAAGUGGAGAGACUACAGCGUGGCGUUCCACUUUCCUGAACCUACUGAGCUCACACCUCCACUUCUGCAGGUUAUUAAUGUGAGCUUCAGCUAUCCAAACCGAGAGGAUUUCAGACUCUCCGAUGUUGAUGUUGGCAUUGAUAUGGGGACUCGUGUUGCCAUUGUUGGGCCUAAUGGAGCUGGAAAAUCUACACUGCUAAAUCUUCUAGCCGGUGAUUUGAAUCCAAAGGAAGGCGAAGUUCAAAGGAGUCAGAAGUUGAGAAUAGGGAGAUACUCACAACAUUUUGUGGACCUGCUGACGAUGGACGAAACACCUGUUCAGUAUCUCCUUCGCCUCCACCCAGACCAGGAGGGACUUAGUAAGCAGGAGACUGUCCGUGCAAAACUUGGCAAAUUUGGGCUACCUAGUCAUAAUCAUCUUACCCCCAUUGUCAAACUAUCGGGAGGGCAGAAAUCUCGGGUGGUUUUCACGUCGAUAUCCAUGUCAAAACCUCACAUUUUAUUGUUAGAUGAACCGACGAAUCAUCUGGAUAUGCAAAGUAUUGACGCAUUGGCCGAUGCGCUGGAUGAAUUCACAGGUGGAGUUAUUCUUGUUAGUCACGAUUCUAGAUUGAUAUCGCGGGUCUGUGAUGAUGAAGAAAGAAGUCAAAUUUGGGUUGUUGAGGAUGGCACUGUCAGAAUUUUCCCUGAAACAUUUGAAGAUUACAAGGAAGAUUUGCUGAAGGAGAUUAAAGCUGAAGUUGAUGAUUGAGCUUCCUCCUGUGAGAAGGCCACAAUUUCCAAAUGCAUUUGUUUAUUAUACACUUCUAUCUAAACUAACUUCUUUUAUGGAUUUUGAAGUUAUUUUUUAAGUGCACAUCAUUAGUAUUACACGAUGAAUUGAAUUUCUGAUAUCCAUAUUUUAA